CAUCUUCAAUCUUCCUCUUCUUCCUGUCCCCCUCCUCUUCUUUUAAUUUAACACCUUUUUUUCAACACUGAAACUGUCGCAUAACUCCCACUGUGAACUCAGCUCCAGAUUCAGGGGGUCGCGAUGGUAAAUCAGCACGAUGGAGUCAUCACCUAUCACCAGCGACAACCAGGCUACUGCCAACCAGAGCCAACCUCGUCAGCUUGAACUCAUUUUUAACAACAUUGAUGAGCUCAUGCAUGCCACCAUUGCGAUGAAUGAAGCUGCAGCUCAACAAAAUCCUCAAGCAAUGAAUGCGGGUGCCAAUUCAGAUCAAUGGCGCCAAUCUGCACAGCUAUUCAAGGACUUCAAAGACCUGAUGGUCGCAGUCCAAAGCAAAGCCGCCAGAGCAAUCCGCGACACAGAAGCCAAACUGGGACUUAAUACCCAACCCGACAAUGCGGUCCUUGAUGUACCAAUUGAGGAUCUGGUUGGCGUGAGCCCAGAACAUGAGCUAAACCGAGUCCUGGGUCGCAGCAUGUCUCUGCGAGGCGGACGAGACGGUAAACAGACCUUCAAACUUCGCGACUUUGAUACUGGCCUCCCGAAUACCCAGCUCAUAGUAGCCGGUCAAGGUGAUGCCCCUGCUGCAUUGCCUCAGAAUUCCGGGGACGCAUUCGUGGUUCUGAACUCUACACUGCGGAAUGUCUGGGUUAUACAGCAUGCCUACGCAUGUCUAGUGAAGCACAAGGAGAGCCUCAUAAAGCAAUACCUCGACAACGUGGCCUCCUCGAAUUCAGGCGUGGUGAGCCGCAAGUUUUCGCGCGAGUACUACGAAGACCUUAGUCUGGCCCAGUUGCCGUCGAAACAGAAGCUAGGCAAUUUGCUUGACGUCCAGAAAUCCUCGUACGAUUGCACAACCCAUCAUACCAUGGCCGUGAUUGCUUUCAUGGACUCUGCUGGCAACCGCCGGUACAUGGAAGCGGUCAGCGGAGCUGCUAUCACCAUAGACGAGAACGCCGACAACGGCUGCGAUUGUCUGUAUCUUCGGCUCCCCGCGACGGAAGCGAGCAUCAAAAAGCUAUACGACACCUACAGAUCUCUCCGAGCAGCAACUUCGGAGCAACGCCGAGCCGUCAAGGAUAAAGCGCUCGCAGCUACGUUGCCGACAAAUCCGAUGGAUGAGCUAGAGAAACAGUUUGACUUCUCUGUGGGCGGCGAGACUGAAAAGGCAAAUGGGGGCAGCAGCAAGAAGCGUCGGCGGAUGCUGGACGAUGAUGGCCCAGAUUAAACCCCGACAACCUGCUCGUGCGGAAGAAUUGAAGCUCUUGAUUAGGGUAAUAGGGGAGGCAAUAGCGCCUCGGCGCAUGGUUUUAUUAUAAAUACCCAAUAGGUCUCUACCACCUGAUGUAGGUAGGAGCCUGCAUGGUCCAGUGGAAACAAACUAGAAUCAAAGUACAAGAAUUCAAGAUGUUUUCUCAAUAUCUCAACUUAGAAUUCUACCUAUUGUAGUAUCUUUAAUAAGCAUCUCACCCCUGCCUAUAAGACCUCAUGGCCUCAACCAUCAUCAUCAUCAUCGUCAUCAU